GCAUAGUGAUGUGUUGGUUCAUGAAGCUACGCUUGAGGAUGGACUUAAAGAAAAGGCUGUGAGUAAUGGACACUCAACCCCAUCAAUGGCAGUAGAAUUUAGUCAUAAAAUUGCUGCUAAAACACUGAUUUUAAAUCACUAUAGUCAGCGAUACAGAUCUCCACAUACUCCGGUCCCAAAGGCUCUUGCACAGGAGCAGGUAUCAUCUACGGACGUACUUUUGGAAGAGGCCAAAAAUGCUGUCAAAAACUAUCCAGGCUUUGAGUGUUCUGUAAUUGCAUCCAGAGAUUUAAUGACACAUGAAGUUACAUUAUAAAAGGUUCAAGAAAUUCCAUCCACUACAUUUCCUGAUUAAAAUACAGCUGUUGAUCUUACCUCCUUUUGUAAGUCUUUCAUUCCUGAAUUAAGAUGAUUUCAGAAAAAAUUACGUAGGAUCUCAUUCAAAUAAAUG